AUGACUCCCGUACGUGACCUUUCAUACAGCGUGGUUCCCGCCUCAAACCAACUGAUUUCCCACGUGACAUUUCAUCCCUUGUCAUUGUCCCGCGCUCCGACACCGACGUUGUUGGGUUCAAACAACCAAUGCGGUAGCGCACUGGCCACAGAAAUCGACUCCUAUCGGCGUCGUAUCCAAACACUUCUUCAUUUCUUCGACUGUAUCGCCCAACACUGGUGGGAUCAUUUAUACCCAUACAAGCGCGAUUUGAUUAAACGUCCUAGCCGCAGUGCAGAUGAAAUACGUUCUUAUCGCACACGUCUGGUUGCUCGACUGAACAAAUUCACUAUGCGCACAGUUGCACCCGCGGCUGCCGCUAUUGCCAUGAUGGAAGCGCAAGCCAGUGUCAAAGUAUUACCUCCCAAUUUGCUCAGUCCUCUGUCCAUGGACAUGAUGACCAUGGAUGUUCCAAUAACCGGAGAUAACGGAGCUGCAUUACUAAACAAAGCUUGUAAUCUGGCUCGUCGAAUAGGCGAUAUUGAAAAGUUGAAACAACGUUUAAUUUUGGCCGCACUGACCUGGAUCACUAGUGACGGUCGCGAUUUCAAUCUGCGCACUCAGCGUAUUGCACUAUUAGCGCGGCACGCGGAACCAUGUCUGAUUGAACACUUUCCCGGGGUUCGUGCUCUACUCACCCACUACUAUCGUCCGCGUGUUUUAGUGCAAAAAUCGACCGGAUCGGGGGCGGUGUAUGCCACGGCCAAAACAAAUACGACGCCACGCACCGAACCAAUAACAGCAGCUAGAUUGACAACUACUAACGAACAGAUUGCUGCAGCUAUUCAACAAGGCUGCCCCCGAAUACGAUCGACCAAUCAAUUGAGAACUAUCGAUUCGGAAGACAGGUCAGAAGAACUCCGUUCGCCGUUGGGAAACAUAACACGACACUCUGUGUUGGAGCACCUGAGUCAUACAGAUGAUCUAUUCGGUAGCUUAUCCAACUCGAUGCACUUCCCACAUGACAUUUUAACUCUGACUGAAAGUAGUCCGAUCCCGAUGUUGCCGAGUAUUGUGCUGAAUCCAUUAUCCAUCGAUACAAGUCAACUUGACUGGCUUAGUUACGAAAUCAAUCAGCGUGAUUUCAAUCUACACAUAUUGAACAAAGAAGAACCGGAGGAUGAAUCGAAUCGUUUCACGAGAUCACCAGUGUCCACACCGAUAAAUCGUGUAAAACCAGUCGAAGAUUCUGUACACAGUUCGGUGACAUCGAUCACAAAAAGCAACCGAUCUCGCGUAUCUGGUCCGGAAAUCAUGAUAUCUACGAGGGAAAUUAUGAAUUUGUCACCGUCCGCAACUCGUUAUCGAACGACCGUAGGAACACCGAUUGCUGUGGGCAAUUGGAAAAUUCACGGCUGGUCCGGUAGCUCACAUGAUUCGGAAUUCAGUGGAUUAGAUAUUUCGUUGACCAGUUUUGUGGAACAAAAACCGGAAGAAACGCAUCGUGCAGAGGAUACCACCACUAUCGGUGGAGCAUUGGCUUCCUUACGCUCGUCAGAUGAAUUAUCGGACUCCGGACGGACGCAAACUCCACUGACCGCACACGGUGAAGGUGCUGUGACACCCAGUCUAGCGAGUAAACACGAACACAUCGAGACAAGUAUAAAAGAAUCCCCACCAGGGACCAAGGGACCACAGCUCGCAGCGAGAAAUCUAACGGGAAAAGGUGAAGAGCCGUUGAAUCAAAUUCCAACCGAGAGGAAAUCCACCGUACACCCGACCAAUCAGUUGAUGAACGCGAAAAAAUUGCGAGCCAAUGUGCAUUGGCGGGUGAGCUCGAAACAGUGCACAACAGUCAAUCAAAUGCGAGUGAUCAAUUCGAAGAUCUCAACUACGAACACACCGUUGACAGCGAAAGAUACGAAAUUCCCAAACGCAAAUAAUCCGCUUGUUCCGCCUCCCGUAGUCAAUGGUAGCCAUCGCAACCAGAUGCCCAGUAGGACCCAGUUGCCCAACAUGCGAGAUAGAAAAUACUCGCGAUAA